GCGAUGAAACGACAAUGCUUUUUGUCAAUUCAUACGACGUCGUUGCUAUCCCUAUCUCUUCCCAUCCUCUCAAAUAAUCCCCCGCACUGCAACUGAAGCUUGAUUUGUCCAUUCGUCUCCGAUCUCCAAAUCACGAUGGCCCUUUCUAUAUCCUCUCUCACGUCUUCAUUUUCUUCUCUCUCAUUUUCCUCCCAAAUUUCUCAGCAACCAAAUACUUUCCUCUCCUUUAAACAACCAAAAUCCAUUUCCGUUGCGCCAAUCCUUAAGACUCCUAAACUCGUUAUAUCCGCCACUGUAGCUUCACCGGCUGAACUAGAAACAACAAAUCUCAAGAAGUACGUUAAGUCGCGACUUCCUGGUGGAUUUGCCGCGCAAACUAUAAUCGGGACUGGUCGCAGAAAAUGCGCCAUAGCUCGUGUGGUCCUACAAGAGGGCACCGGAAAGGUUAUCAUCAACUAUCGCGACGCCAAGGAAUAUCUCCAAGGCAAUCCAUUGUGGCUACAGUACGUAAAAACCCCAUUGGUAACUUUGGGUUAUGAAAGUAGCUACGAUGUGUUUGUAAAAGCUCAUGGAGGUGGCCUGUCUGGUCAAGCUCAGGCAAUAUCUCUAGGCAUUGCUCGUGCAUUGUUGAAGGUGAGCGAGGAUCAUAGAUCCCCUCUGAGAAAGGAAGGGCUUCUGACCAGGGAUUCUCGAGUGGUAGAGAGAAAGAAAGUUGGUCUCAAGAAAGCCCGAAAAGCACCACAAUACUCCAAGCGUUGAGGUCGAAGUUACACUGUGAUGCACUUUUAUUUGUAGAUCCAUUCUGUUGUGUAUCAAUGAACAGUUUACAUUCCAAUUCCAGUAUUCUGUACUUUAAAUUCGGAUAUCAUUCAAUUUUUGAACCAUUUUUGAUAAAUCAAUAAAAUUGCCCAAAUAUUCCAGGAAAA